AUGAGCUGCCUGCAGUCUUUGCAGCCACUGUUUUCGCCUCCUCCUCCUCCUCCUCCACCUCCACCUCCUUCUCCUCCUCCUCCUCCUCCUUUUGCCUCUGUCUGUCUGUCCAGUCCGGGAAUGUUGACCACCGUGGCCUGAUCCCAUCGCUGUCGAGUGCCCUUUUCAUCUCCAACACUGCCACUCUCUCUCUCUCUCUUUUUUUUUUUUUUUUUUUUUUUUUUUUUUUAAUUCCUCCUCUUGUGCGUCUCUGAGGGUCGCAGCCUGCCUGAACUGCUCUGGCUUUAAGGUUCCCCUCUGUCCAUCUUCCACCCAAACUGAUCUGACCACACAAAUUCUACAAAAGAACCAAGAAGCGCCAAACAUGGCUGUGGCCGGAUGUCCAGAUUACUUCCUGCAUCAUCCAAAUUAUCAGCAGGACAAUAUAGACCGCUCUUCAAAUCACAGACAAGCUGAUCUCAUCGGGCCGAGCUCUCCUAACCAUCAAGAGGAUGAUGUUGAUUUAGAAGCCUUGGUGAAUGACAUGAACUCGUCGCUGGAGAGCCUGUACUCCACAUGUAGUGGUCAGCAGACAGAGUCCACCCCGCUGCUCCACAACGGACAGACCUCUUCCUCACACCACCACCAUCAUCAUCAUCACCAUCACCAUCACACACAACUCAACCAGCAGCGGCAGGGUCAGCACUCACACGUGCCAAGCCACGUAUCCCCAGAGCCGCCCUCCUCUUCCUCCUCGUCUGCAGACUCGCCCCAGACGAGCCUCCGACGAUCACAACCCAUGCACAUCCUCGCUGUCAGGAGGUUGCAGGAAGAAGAGCAGCAGCUUAGGACAUCGUCUCUCCCGGCCAUCCCCAACCCCUUUCCUGAGCUCUGCAGUCCGGCGAGCUCACCUGUCCUCAGUCCGGGGUCGCUACCACCUGGAGAACCAUCCACUGACAAAUAUAUUGUAAAGAUCUUCAGUGAAGAUGGCAUGGGUAAAGUGGUGGAGAUCCCAGCGGACAUGACAGCCAGGGACCUCUGCCAGCUUCUGGUUUAUAAAAGCCAUUGUGUGGACGACAACAGUUGGGCACUUGUUGAACACCACCCGCUGCUAGGGCUAGAGCGCUGUCUAGAAGACCAUGAGUUGGUGGUUCAAGUCCAAGCCUCUAUGAACAGCGACAGUAGAUUCCUCUUCAGGAAGAACUAUGCCAAAUAUGAAUUCUUCAGAAACCCCCUGACAUUUUUCCCGGAGCACAUGGUUGCUUGGUGCCAGGAAACCAAUCGUAUGAUUCCACCAUCUCAACUCCUGCAGAACUUCUUAGCAACCAGUAGCUGUCCGGAGGUCCAGGGUUAUCUGUAUGUGAAGGAGGUGGGAAGAAAGUCGUGGAAGAAGGUUUAUAUGUUUCUGCGCCGUUCUGGACUCUACUGUUCGACAAAAGGAACGUCAAAGGAGCCCAGACAUCUGCAGUUACUAGCAGACCUAGAAGACAGUAACAUCUUCAGUGUCAUCACAGGCAAAAAGCAGCACGGUGCACCCACAGACUACGGCUUCUGCAUCAAGCCCAAUAAAGGCCGAGGGGAGCUGAAGGAGCUGAGAAUGUUGUGCGCUGAGGAUGAACAGGGCAGGACCUGUUGGAUGACUGCCUUUCGACUCUUUAAGUAUGGCAUUGUAUUAUACCAGAACUAUAAGAUUCCUCUACAAAGAAAAACCUUACUAUCACACUUCUCAGCACCUGUGCGGAGUGUAUCUGAGAACUCCCUUGUGGCGAUGGAUUUUUCAGGGAGGAUAGGCAGGGUUAUUGACAAUCCUGUGGAGGCGCAAAGUGCUGCCAUGGAGGAAGGACAUGCUUGGAGGAAGAGGAGUCAACGAAUGAACAUACUGGGUUCCCACAGUCCUUUGCACCACUCCUCAUUAAGUUCAGUCAUCCACAUAGCUCAGCUGUGGUUCCACGGCAGAAUAACCCGAGAAGAAUCUCAUCGCAUCAUCCACCAGCAGGGACAAGUAGAUGGAUUGUUUCUGUUGAGAGUCAGUCAGAGUAACCCCAAGGCAUUUGUGCUCACAUUGUGCCAUCACCAGAAAAUCAAACAUUUCCAGAUACUACCGUGUGAAGAGGACGGCCAAAUCUUCUUCAGCCUUGACGACGGCGCCACCAAAUUCACUGACCUGAUUCAGCUGGUGGAGUUCUACCAGCUCAACAGAGGAGUGCUGCCUUGUAAACUCAGACACCCGUGCACCGUUGUGGCCUUAUGACACCUGCGGAUCAUCUGACACAUGACUCCAAUCACUUGACCUGACUUUGCCUAAAAAACAAAAAACAAAACAAAACAAAAAGAAUCUUUCCGCCGGUUGAUUCUUGUGUUUUUGUCUCUAUAAGAAGCUGGUGAAUUAACUGAUGUUUUGUUGUUGUUGUUGUUUUUUUUAAUUAUUAUUAUUAUUAUUAUUAUUAUCGUGAGUCCGCCAGAGACUGCUGAGAGACGUGUUGGAUUCCUUUUUGGUUUGCAUGGAUGAUGAUGAUGAUGAUGUUGAGGAGUCGGAUGCACAUGAUCGCGAGGAAAUGAACACUGCCGUUUGUGUCAAUGCUGGUGUGCAGAAUCUUCCACAAUCUUGCUACACAUUUUCACCAAUAAGCUUGGACCCAGUGACCCUCAACAUUUUUUUUUUUUUUUUUUUCAUUUAUUACACAGCUCAACCCUUCAACUGGACAAUCAGCAGGACAACUCAAGCUUUUGUGUGGACCACUUUGCUCUCUGAAAAAAACAAAAAAAACAAAAUAGUCUCAUUGAAACGUCCUCAAAGAAUAUACUGUAGAUGGAGAGUUGAUUGUCUCUUAGUUUUGCACUCAUGGAACUGGGAGUGGCCUUUGACGGAGACUUCUCCACUGUCACGUUACUUAACUGUGAGAUGGUGCCACUGCCCUCUAGUGUCAUAGAUAUGUAAGGACAUGUCAAAAUGUAACAUGGAACCGGAGGCACCGCAUGGAGUGUUUUUAAAUCCCUCUGAGGUUUUGACGAUGUGGUUUGGAACCAUUUCUUGGGUCAAACAUGCAAAUAAGAAAGUCUGGAACUUUUGCAAGAAAAGUAUUUUUUAAAUAGCUGACAAUACAGAACCUAUGUUAUAUACAGCCUCACAGAAAAAAGAAAAAAUGUGUUCAUCUCUUGAAUACACAAGGUUUUCGUUUCUUAUUGAUUCAUUAAUUUCAGUUAUGUAUUAUUAUCAAUACUCUCAUUAAUGAUUUGUUCAAAGUCCACCUUCUGCAUUCUGGAUAUUUAACUCUUAAAAUGUCUUCAUAAGCUACAAAUACAGUAAAUCUGUUGCUGUUUUAUUACAUGCUCCAGUUAAUUUAAGCAUUUGCCUUUGGUCUCCCCUUGCAACUUUUACUAAAUGAAUCUAUCAAACCACGGUGUCGUUCAGGGUGAAACAACUAACAAAGCUUAACAAAUUAGACAUGUAAGGUUAAACGUUGAAACCAGGUGAUAACUUGAGGAAAUACAUAUGCACUACGUGGGAUUAUGCUGUUUUUAAUACGGGCAAAGGCAUUAUGCUACCUGUUGUGUAAUAAACUGAGACAUGGAGGACUACAGUAGCACAGGGAGGGAAAACCACUAACAUUUUGGAAGAAUCUAUUUGUCAAAUUAGGAGGAAGGCUCUGACAUGUGUUUUAAUGAUAGUUUCACAGGUUUCCUCCCUGUUAGAAGUCAGCGAGAUGCUGUUAGAGCGAUCCACACAACCUUUUUUUCGGGUUAAUCGUGGCUUGCAAAAACGAGUCGUCGUGCUCUGACUUCACAUCAGGACUAGACUCUGUGCAUUACAUUCCAUAAAAAUGCAGCCUUUUUCUACCUGAAAGUCACGUAAAUACACACUGCCUACUGCACAUACAAUUCAGAUAGACUCCACGAUAAUGUUAACUCUUGCCGCAGUGUAGAAAAAAAAAAAAUGUAAGGAACUAGGGUUUUUAUUACAUAUCAGAGUAUUUCUGUUAAUGAGUUUGUAUUUGUAAUGUACUUCAGCAUCACCUCCUCCUCUACCUGUCCCACACUGUCUCAUCACUCUGACUGUAGCAGCUGUUGGAUGAAGUGAAAACUUGAAAUGUCAGGAUUUCUGACUGCAAAAAAAAAACAAAAAACUGCAGGGCCCAUUUUAAUUAUCUCAACCCAUCAUGAGUGCAGCGAGUCACCUGUAAUUAGAGCAUCAGACUGAGAAAAGUGGGGAUUAAACUCUCACACUGGAUGUACCGAUUGUUCCAGACAGUAAAUUUCAGUCAAAAUCAAUAGUUUGUUUUUUUUUUUUUUUCUAAUUCCAGCCAAGGUCAGUUUGCUUACACAAAAAAAGUCUUCUGAUGGAUUUCCAUUUGUGGUUUAGCAAAGUGUAUGAUGUCGCUCCCUGCUCAAGCUUAGAGAGAUUUCAGCACAGUGUCAGGAGAUAAACUGGAUCAGAUUUCUUUUCCAAUAGAUACUUUUUUUUUUUUUUCUUUUUUCAGCACUGAUUGAUUUUGUCCGGCUAGAGUGAAACUAGACGCAUUUAAACUUGAAGGGCAAACCCCAGCAGUUUUCAAUUUAGGAGGAUUUCAGCUAAUAUAUCCCUAGAAGUCAAUAAUCUAAUCAAACCCGAUCCUUUAAAAAAAAAAAAAGUCCUUAGAAAUGUCUCGACUCAGUUUCUCACGAUACUCUGCAAAUACAGUGGAAAUGUUAAAAGAUUUCAUCGGCAUUUGGCAAUCUCAUUUAGUUGAAAACCUCUUGAACUUCUCCAGCAACAGCCAUUAUAUAUUUACCUGCACGUUGUCUGAGGUAUUUUUUAUCAGCUUAGAUGCAGAAUAGUCACACUAAUUUGACACUCUGUGCAUGGUCACGAUUAUUUAUCUAAAAUGCAAGGACUCAAUCAUUUUUUAAGUAUUAUUUCUCAAAAUGUAUUUAUUUAUCUGGAUGUGACUGAUUACUUGAAGAUUUUAAAUUUCUUUUUCUCAGCGCUGUUCUGUACUGUUUUCUUUUGUCAUUACCAUGAAAUUAUUGACCAGUGUGAUUUAUUAUUACUAUUAUUAUUGUUAUUAUUAAUAUUAUUUUAUUUUUGUGAUGACAUAGCAUCUAUUGGUGUUGUUUCUUUUUUUUUUUUUUUUUUUUUUUUUUUUAGUUUUAAUUAUUCAGAAAUAUUUUUUGUCAUCAUCAACACUUGUUAUGAAGUGAUGUUUUAAAGCACACUGGUAUCCAUAGUGUUAAUGUUGUCAUUCCAGUAGAUGACAGGUAGAAUGUUGUGGGAUUGAAAGCGAAAAGGUACCUGGGUUUCCCAAAGCAUUAGUAACCACAUUCAAUUUUUUUUUUUUUUGUAACUUUUAUUAAUUAUUGUUUAUUUUUUUCCCAUUUCUACAAAGAUAUCUUAGUUUAAGAAUCCCAUCUAUUUCUUGUUAGAAGCCUCCUUUAUUUUCAUGAUCACUCUCUUUUUUGGUGACUGAAGUUAGAGGGAAAAAAAAACAAACAUGGAUUGAAAAAUGAUAUAGAACUGUAAAUGUUUUGGGAAACUGGCUCCAGCAAGCUUCACUACUUUAAAAGUUCACUGUUAAAAAACAUUGCCUUGAAGACAGAAUUGUAAAAACUUAGAUGUAGGAAGUUUAACCUUUACAGUCAAAGUGAAAGGCCAUAAAAUGCACAAAAA